AUGACCGAUUUCAAAACCUCAAGAAUCUCACUUAGCACUAUAAAUUCAUCUCAAGAUUCUAAUAUAUUAUCAAACAUAAAUAACAGCGAUAAAAGUAUUAAUAUAAACGAAUUAAAACAACAAAGAAAAUCUUUUCGAAAAGAUUUUGGCACUUUUACCCAACGCCUCAAAUCUAAAAAUGUUAAUGAUUCUGAUGAUGCCAAAUUUUCAGCCUUAACAUCUGGUGUUGAAUAUAAUUGUAAAUUUAUAGGAAAUGAGAAUGUAAAAGAAUUGAGGGGAAAACUUAUCUGCCAGGAAGCUUUACAGAGCCUAAAAGCCAAGUUAAAGACAGAUAAUGCUCAUAAACCCAAAAUAAUAUUUAAAAUAUCAUUGAUUGGAAUUAGUAUUUUUGAUGCUAAAAAUAAAAUUUUGAUGCACAAACACCCGGUAAACCGAAUUUCUUUUGUUUCUAAAGAUUCAAAAGAUAAUAAAUGCUUUGGUUACAUUGUUUCACUUGAAGAUAAAUCUAUUAAAUAUUUUGGAUUUAAAGCUGAAAAAUCAGCUGAAACAAUUGUAACUAGUAUCCAUGAUCUAUUUAUGGUUAUUAAAGAUCUAAAAUCAAAAAUUAACAGCAAUAUUAAUGGAAGCAAUAAAGAUAAUAUAAGUAUUGUGUCAUCCUCAUUUGCCGAUCAUUUGUCUACCUCAUCAAAUACACCCGAUAAUUUUUUUCAAAGUCCAUCUAUACCUCCAGAUCUUUUAUCCCUCACAGAUAAUCUCAUGUCACCUCAACCGAAUACAGUUAACAAUUCUUUCCCCCGCAUUUCUAACAGUAUCCCUCCACUAUCACCUGUAAAUACGCUUAAUCAAACUAACCCCAUUUCCCUCAUCAACCCACCAUCAUAUAGUCAUGGAAGCAGAGAUGAUGCAUUUAAUUAUAUUUUCGACGUACAAACCCCUGUGUUACCCACACAAUUAAAGCAUCCAUCCUCGGUAGAAAUACCCCCAAGAAUCGCCCCUCAAGUAGAGGCCCUUAAUUCACCCGAAAUUUUUUACCCCUCAACAAAUCCUCAAAACAGCCCAGAACGAACUGGCGCCGAAUUUAAUGGCUCUGGAAGCGUCCGCUAUGACUAUUCCUCUUCGUCUGACGAUAUUCUGGAAGAUCAGAUGGAGCCGCCAUCUUUACCACCACCUCCACUCCCUUCUCAUAUUUUAGAAAUUCCUAACUUGGCUCCACCACCUCUUCCUCCUCGUCCUUCCGUGACAUCUAAUUCUUGGGUCAAUUUUGGAUCGUUCGAUUCCAAUCCUAUAAAUACUCCUAACCCUUCUUCGUUGCUUCGGAAAGUUGUGGAUAGAGAAGAACAAAUUUAUUCUAAUAUAGCUACCGAAAAUGUAUACGUUUCUCGUGGAAUGAAGAAUACUAAUUUAAAUCUCAAAAAAGAUAUUUUUGAGUUUGGCCCUACGACGGCGAAUAAUACGAAUUCGUUAUGCAUAGUCAAUCCUGGUGCAAUUAGAUUCAAUCCUGUAUUUCCCGAUGAUACAUCCAAUUACCUUCCUACCGGCAAAAAUAACACUAACAAGCCCUACAUAACUAAGGGUAAACGAGAUCCAACAAAUUUCCAGAAAGAUUCUGCAAAUAUGUCUCGAGGAAGUUCAUCUUCAUCCCUCGGAUCUUACAACGAAGAUUUAGCUCCCACCUUAGUUGUUGACCAAAACAAGUUAGAAAAUCAAGAAAACGCAACGAAUUCCAAUACGAAAUCGAUAGAAAAGGUUAAAAGAAAGGACAAACGCCGCAACAAAAAUAACAAAAACGCUUCCAGUAACUCAGUCGAUUUUUCCUCCCUAAAUUCAUCCUUCUCGUCCUUGCCCUCGUCCAUCGAUUUGGAUUUCGAUUAAGCAAUAUUUUCAAGAGUUUGUGUCAAGAUGCCGUCCUACCUUAGCAUUUUUUUUAUACUUUAGACGAUAAGAAGAGCUUCGAAGCAGAACUUUCCAUUUUUUAAAAAAAUCAGCUGAUGCGAAAACGGAAAUUUGUAUUUACUACGCCGGGAAAGCCGCGAUAAUUAUCGAUACCUUUUGAAGAAAUUUAUUAUUUAUUUAUUUUUUUCUAACAACUUAUUUCAUUUAUGUCAAAGCAACAACAAAUUUUUUUUUUUAAAUAAUGUUCUUCUUUAUGAGGUAUAAUUAACCUUGGAUAUUCGAUGAAAUUUUUUUUUUGUUAUAAAUAAUCGAAUUAUUCAUCUUUUUCAUAAAUAAUUUAAAUCGUUUUUUUAAUUAAAUUUAUAUUAUUAAUCCGGCAAAUUUCACAUUUUUUAUGGCUAAAAUUAGGCAAAUUAAAACAGCUAAAUAAUAUAUUCUAGACUUCAAAUUAUUAUCGUAUAUUUUUUAUAUAUAAAAUUAUAUCGGAAUUUAUUAUAUUAUUUUUUAUUUUACUAUAAAAAAAGGAACAAUUUUAUAUUAUUAUAAUCGCUACCUCUACUUUCUAAAUUAGUAGUAUUUCUACCGCUAUUUUUUUUAAAGUAGCGCGCUGAAACUCCACUACUGAAAAAGGUAGCAACGCUAGAAUAGCCCCCUACUUUAACAACGCUGCUAAUAACCUAUUCCUUUUAUACAGGCUACUUGGCCUAUUCAGAAACUAUUAAUUUAUUUGUACGAAUACUAAAAUAUACUAUUCGAUCGGUAUAAUUGCGAAUAGUAUAUUAUACCAA